AUGGCUACCCCUAGUGUCCUCGCUUUUGACGCUGAGGGUCGAGCCAUUGACUUUGACGUCUGGGUAGAUGACCUGCAGCUGUUCUUACAGUGCGAUAGGGCAGACGGUCUCUCUCGCUUUGACCUCACCUCUGGCGCCUCUCCUGCCCCUGCUGUUGAUGCUGACGCCACUUACAAGAGUGCUCAGACCUUGUACGACGCUGUAGUUGCGCGCUACUCCUCCCUUGCCACUGGUGCACUGAGCCGUCUCAUGCUACCGUACCUCUUCCCUGACCUUGCUGCCUUUCCCACAGUUGCUGACCUCAUCACGCACCUCCGCACUAGUGACACUUGCUACCGCGCUGCGCUUCCUGCUGACUUCUGCGCCAAGAACCCCCCCCCCCCCAUGUACAUCACUCUCUACUACAUAGUCACUCGCCUCCCUGACUCCCUUCGCGUAGUCAGGGACCACUUCCUCUCAGUCUGUCCCACCACUCUCAUUGUUGACCUCCUCGAGAAGUCCCUCCUAGCAGCCGAGAAGAGCAUAGUCGCUGUAGGGGCCUCUCGUGGUGACCCGCGCACCCCCAUCUUUGAGGGUAGUUCCCCCUCCCCCCUUUUGCCCUCUGUUGCCUUUGCUGCUGCGGCCGACCUCCUUGGUCUUGAGCCGGUCAGUGCGGCGUCUGCCCCUAGCGGGAGACGCUGCUCUGGCAAGGGCAAGGGGGGCAGGGGCCUUGGAGGGGCGAGCGGGGGCGGUGGAGGUGGAGGUGGAGGCGGCGGGGGGAGUGGGGGUGGCGGUGGGAGUGGUGGUGGGGGUGGAGGUGUCAGUGGCGGCAGUAGAGGCGGAAGCGGCGGCGCCGGUGGCAGUGGGAGCGGAGGUGGCGGAGGUGGCGGCGGUGGAGGAGGCGGUGGAGGCGGCGGUAGUAGCGGAGGCGGCGGGGGUGGCGGUAGAGCUGGUCGCGGGUCUACGCAGAGGAGUGGCUCCGGUGGUGGUCCGCGCCAGCAGCAGCAGCGCGGUCGUGAGACCUUGUCCCCUCAGCAGCUCUGUGAGUGGUACACUGCACGCCAGCGGGGUGGGGGUUUUGGUCCGUGCACCUACGUCCUGCGCACCGGCGACCGUGCGGGUGAGCAGUGUAGGGGUGCGCCCCCCACCCAGCGCUGCUUUGGCCGCCUGACGGACGCGUGGCGUCACCAGUUCCAGGAGGCCACAGAGAUCCCUCGCUGGGGCGACCUGUCUAGGGCGGGUGUUGCCAUCUAUGAUCUUGAUUUUGAUGCUAUUCUUUCUGCCAUGUAUGCUGUGUCUAUUAGUGAUGAGGGUGACUGUUACCGGUGUUUCCCGCCCGAUCCGUGCAUUGGGACUGCUGCUCUAGGUACUGGUGAGGCGGCUGCCCUAGGUGCUUGCGACGCUGCUGCUCUAGGUGCUAGUGCGUCUGCGUCCUCAGGUACUGGUGAGUCUGCGCUCUCAGGUACUACGCCGGCUUCGGCCUCCCUCACCUUCACCCUUGACUCUGGGGCUUCUUGCUCCUUCUUUCGGGACCGCACCACACUCACGCAGCUUAGUCGGCCGGUUGCGGUGUCUCUGGCUGACCCCUCUGGGGGUCGUGUCCUGUCUCACUUCUCCACAGUCCUCCCGUGUUCGGCGGCUCCCUCUGGCACCCUGUCUGGUCUCUACCUCCCCUCGUUCUCUACGAACCUGGUGAGUGGUGCUGACCUACAGGAUGGGGGAGUACACCAGUUCACUCCUGCGCGUCAGCGGGUGACGCACUGCACAGAGGCUAGCACAGGCCGACACCUGGCUACGUUUACCUGUCAGCCGGGGUCGAGCCUGUACACACUGACCACUCCGUCGGGUCAGGUGUUUGCCGCAGCGUCCAGGUCUGGUCCUGAGUCUGCCCCCUGUUCGUGUCGUCUCCUGUCUCACGAGAAUCUCCUCUGGCACCACCGCAUUGGUCACCCCUCUCUGCUUCGGCUCAGAGGCAUGGCCUCCCUUCUUCUUGUUUCUGGUCUCCCUCGGUCCCUCCCUCCCCUUCCUCAAGGCCAUGGCCCUACCUGUGUCCCCUGUGUCGAGGGGCGCCAGCGGGCUGCCCCUCACUCCUCCCAGUUUCCUCCGACAGAGGCCCCGUUGCAGACGCUUCACAUGGACGUGUGGGGCCCAGCCCGCGUCCGUCGACAGGGUCACGAGCGCUACUUCCUGCUCGUUGUUGACGACUACUCGCGUUACACCGCAGUCUUCCCCUUGCGCAGCAAGGGUGAUGUCACUGAGGUGCUGAUCGACUGGAUCCGCGCAGCUCGUCUCCAGCUCAGGCAGAGCUUUGGCUCGGACUUUCCUGUUCUGCGUCUGCACUCGGACAGAGGCGGAGAGUUUUCUUCUGGCCUUCUGAGAGCCUACUGUCGCGCACGAGGAAUCCGUCAGACCUUCACGCUUCCGGACUCCCCACAGCAAAAUGGGAUUGCUGAGCGCCGCAUUGGCAUGGUCAUGGACGUUGCUCGUACGUCUAUGAUACAUGCGGCUGCUCCCCAUUUUCUGUCGCUGUUUGCGGUGAGGUACGUGGCGCAUCAGAUCAACCUACACCCCAGGGUCUCUAGGCCGGAGACCUCCCCAGCCUUGCUGUGGACAGGGAAGGUUGGCGAUGCGUCGGCGUUCCGGGUCUGGGGAUCUCGGGCGUUUGUCCGCGACUUGUCUGCAGACAAGCUGUCCCCUUGUGCUGCUCCUUGCGUCUUCCUGGGGUUCCCCCCUGACGCGCCUAGGUGGCAGUUCUACCACCCCACCUCUCGCCGUGUUCUGUCCUACCAGGACGUCUUGUUUGACGAGUCGGUCCCCUACUACCGCCUCUUCCCCUACCGCUCUCUGUCCCUCCCCCCGCCGCCGCUCUUCCUUGUACCAGUCAGGCCUGUCAAGGUCACUGGUGACUCUGGUGCUGCUGAGGGUGCUGAGCCUGGGGGUGCUGACUCUGGGGGUGCUGAGCCUGGGGAUGCUGAGCUUGGGGGUGCUGCGACUGAGGGUGCUGAGCCUGGGGGUGCUGAGCCUGGGGGUGCUGAGCCUGGGGGUGCUGAGUCGGAGGGUGCUGCGCCUGGGGGUGUUGAGCCUGGGGGUGCUGAGCCUGGGGGUGCUGAGCACGGGGGUGCUGAGCUUGGAGGUGCUUCGCCUGGAGGUUCUCCGGGUGCUCCGUCUCUGCGGGAGCCACUCUCUCCUCGGGAGUUGCGCGAGUGGUUUGCCCGGUGCUGGAGACGUGCUGCUGGUGCUGGAGGUUCUUCAGCUACUGAGGGUGCUGCUGUCGCGGGUCCCGGAGGUGCUCGUACUGGGAGUACUGGAGCUGCUGGGCCUGCGGGUUCGACUGGAGCUGGUGCUGCUGAGCGUGUUGGAGCUCAGACUACUGCUGGCGGUCCUGCUGUGGGUACUCCUGGUACUGCUGGUGGUUCUGGCGCUGCUGGAGGUGCAGCUAGAGCGUGUGCUCCUACUGGGGGUACUGGUGCUGUACCUGCUGAGUCUGGCGUCGCCGCGCGGCCUCGACCGUACUUUCGUCGUGAGCCUGCGUCUCGCCCUGCGUCGCCUGUCCGUGCUGCUCGCGCUAGUGGUCGUGGUUCGCGUCAGCGUCCUCCUCCUGACCCUGGCACGCACAGGAUGUCUCUGCGUCCGUCCACUACUCCUCUGCGUGCCCCUUUGCCUUCUCCUCCAGAGUCCUCUCAUCCUGCUUUUGCCAACCCGGAGUCGGACUCUCUUCGUGCUGCCAGUCCUACUAUCACGCGUCUCGUGGCUACUGUCGUCAUUGAUCCUUCUUUCGAGUCCACUACUGCGUCUGCCCUAGUUGCUGAGCUCGUCGACUUUGCUGCUCGCUGUCGCCUAGACUGCGCUGCUAGUCUUUUCGUUGAGUCUGAGUCUGUCUGUCUUCUGUCCGUCGAGGGUGAGUGUGCCCUUGGCACGGACGUCCUUGAGGACAGGCAGGAGGAGUUCCAGUGCUUGGCUGCUGCUUCACCUCAUUUCGUGUCCGUACUGCUUACCCCUGAGGGAGACCCGGAUGCACUUGACAUCCCGACUCCGCGCUCUUACGCGGAGGCGAUAGAGGGUCCCUACUCUUCUCAGUGGCAGACAGCUAUGGAUGCAGAGAUGGCUUCCUGGAAGUCCACAGGCACCUACGUUGACGCUGUCCCCCCUCCUGGAGUGAACAUCGUCAGUGGCAUGUGGAUCUUCAGGGUGAAGCGGCCGCCGGGUUCUCUGCCUGUCUUCAAGGCGCGUUACGUGGCUCGUGGCUUAAGUCAGCGGCAGGGAGUUGACUACUUUCAGACCUUCUCUCCCACCCCAAAGAUGACCAUUCUUCAGGUACUACUACACGUUGCUGCUCACCAUGACUACGAGCUGCACUCUGUCGACUUCAGCACAGCUUUCUUGCAGGGCAGCCUGCACGAGGAGAUCUGGCUGCGCCGCCCACCUGGCUUCACUGGGACUACGCUUGCGGCUCUUGGGUUUGCUCCUUCUACUGCCGACCCGUCGCUGUUUCUGCGCACCGACACUUCUUUGCCGCCGUUCUACAUCCUCGUGUACGUCGACGACUUGGUCUUUGCCACAGCUGACACUGCUGGACUCGCCUACGUGAAGUCCGAGCUGCAGAAGAGACACACGUGCACAGACCUGGGUGAACUGCGCAGCUACCUUGGCUUGCAGAUCACCCGGGACAGAGCACGCCGCACCAUUACCCUGACUCAGUCACACAUGGUGCAGCAGGUCCUUCAGCGCUUCGGCUUCACGUACUCCUCGCCUCAGGCCACUCCUCUGCCUACUCACCACUCGCUCUCAGCUCUGCCUUCGGAUGAGUCCGUAGAGUCGAGUGGCCCGUAUCCAGAGCUUGUUGGCUGCCUCAUGUACCUGAUGACCUGCACACGACCUGACCUUGCAUACCCUCUUAGCAUUCUCGCACGCUAUGUUGCUCCUGGGAGACACCGACCAGAGCACAUGGGUGCAGCGAAGAGGGUGUUGCGCUACUUGUGCAGUACGUCGGGCAUGGGGCUAGUGCUUGGAGGGCGGAGUCCAGUGGUCCUCACUGGGCACGCGGAUGCUUCUUGGGCUGACGACCAGGCUACGCAGCGGUCGUCACAGGGUUACACCUUCAGCCUUGGUUCCGGCUCUGUUUCAUGGCGGGCUACUCGCUCGUCUUCUGUUCUUGGCUCCAGUUGUGAGGCUGAGAUCUACGCCGGGGCCAUGGCUGCACAGGAGCUUCGCUGGCUCACCUACCUGCUAACCGACCUUGGAGAGUCGCCUCGUUCUCCUCAAGUCCUGUACGUAGACAACAAGGCCAUGCUGGCCUUGUGUCGAGAGCAGAGACUGGAGCACAGAACAAAGCACAUUGCUCUUCACUACUUCCUUGCUCGUGAGCUACAGCAGCGUGGUCAGUUGCGGCUUGCGUACGUGGCCUCUGAGGCCAACACUGCUGAUGUCUUCACCAAGGCACUUGUGCCUUGUGAUCAUCAGCACUUCUGCACGCAGCUGGGUCUUGUGCCUGUCAUGCCUCACUUUCUCACCUCUUGA